AUUGUUCGGUCACAAAAUCUAUAUAUUUGAUAAUAAUAUUCUUACAAAAGUUCGACAAGAGUUUUGUAACAAAUGCUUUGCAUGCAUACAGAUUGAUAGCGUCUAGAAUUGAGAAGAAUGGAAGAGUUUCUGGGUAAGGAGUACAAGAUGGUUAGUGAAGAAAAUUUCGAACAAUACUUGGUACACAUUGGCUUGAAUUACAUUAAAAGAAAAAUAGCUGUCAACACGAGACCAAUACAAUGUCUCACCCGCAACGCCGAUGGUAAAUACAAGUUUACCGUACAUUCGUCUAUGUUCACAUGGGAUAUGAUAUUUGAACCGGGAGUGGUGUUCUAUACAGAGAAACCAGACGGAGGGCAGAUUGAAUCGUUGAUAACUUUUGAAGGCAAUGUAAUGACACACAAGCAAUGGGAUAAAAAGGGGCUGACUUCAGUGCAUGUGCUCGAGUUCACACGAGAUGAAGUUGUCACGGUGAGAUGCUGCAUUUAAAUGAUGAGCUCUUAAAAUGUAGUCAUCUUUGUGAUUUUUUUAUCAAGUCAAUUACUAAUCUUGUUUUUUGCCAAAAGAUCCUUGACCCAUAUGUUUAAUUUUGAUAAUUUUUUUCUUGUGCAAAUAAAAUAAGAAAAUAAAAAAAGGGAGAUCCUUUUGGAAGUUUACGAAAACGACGAAAAGAAAGUUGCGAAAGCUGCAUACCCUACAAAUCUUUGCCCGAAAUCAAAUAUAAUUUCUUAAAUUUAUAAACCGCCUUUGUUUCAUACGAUUAUUUUAAAGUCAAUUUCAGUAAAAAAUAUUCACUUGGUAUUUCUUAGAACAAUUGUAUUUUCUAAUAUUUAUAUUUUUAUUUUCAGACAACGACAGUAGAAGACACGGAUAUUGUUGCAAAACGUGUCUAUAAAUUAAUUGAAUAGUUUUAAUUAGUCUAAUAAAAGUUAUUAAAAAUUGAAGUUACCUCAUUCAUUUAAUAAUUAAUGAAUAAGGAAGCAUGGUUAUGAUUCAUGUGCACACGAUUGCACGUAAGACUAUAAUUAUGGACUUUGUACCGACAGCGCUUCGUAUAGAACUUCUCUACUAAUAAAGGUCUGCUUACGGUGGUGGUGUGUAGCGUGAUGUGCGGUCGUGCGUAGAAUUUAUAAUAUUACUAGCUUUCGUCAGCGGCUUCGCCCGCGUGCUCCCUUGGGAACUGUUUAGUAAGAUAAAAAGUAACCUAUAUGUAAAUCCACGCUCAGAAGAAUCGGUAUACUAAAUUUCAUCAAAAUUCGUCUAGUGUUUUUUUUUCGUGAAAGAGUAACAAACACACAUACAUCCAUCCACUUUCGCAUUUAUUAUUAGU